AUGAAGGAAUUCGCCUUGUGCGGCGUGUGCCGCCUGUCGCACGAUCAGGGCCGACCGCACAUCUACACCAAGCGACACACGACGGCGCUUGCGACGCUUCUCGACAAGGAGCUUCGUCGCAUGGCCGCCCUGGCGACGUGGCUGGAGUCGCACAGUCGGUCGCUAGCCUCCACACAAGAGCAAAGCGCGCAGAUAGCGGCGGGGAUAGCCGCGCAUGGCCACGCGGACGAGAGGCAGAAUGGUGCCCACAGCCGCGAGGAGCGCCGCGAUCGGCGGUCUCUGUCAGGAACGCGCGGCGACGAUGGAACCGGCGAUAGAGUGGCUAUCAAAAGCGGCAGUGAUGACGGCGCGAGUGUCGCGUGCGAGGAGAGUCGGAAACGGAGCCGAUGGUGCCGGUUCUGCGACGCUGACGUGGCAGAGGAUAGCGUGAUCGGCGGAUGGCAGCAGUGGGUUCGCCACAUCAGCAGCGGGGACCACAUGACGUCAGUGAGGGCGUUUUGGGCGGCAAACUGCAGCGGCAGGGGCGUCGUGGCUGCUGAUACGAUUGCUCGCGCUGCCGCCCUGGCCGCCCGCCUUGCUGCUUCUGCUGUCGCUGCUGCGUCUGCUCCUGCUUCUGCUGCUUCUUAUGCGGAUGCUGUUAAUAGCGAUGGGUCGACUGUGCCUGCAGGGGGUGCUGCACAGGCUGCUGCAAGGGAUGUUACAGCAGGUGCUGCCGCCAAGAGACGAGCCAAGAAGCAAAGAGGGAGCAACUAUGGCGGUCUAGAGAUUAAGCAGACCAAAGAGACCUGGCGGGCAUUCGUGCUUCCCCCUGCUGCCGCCACCGCUGCUGCUGCUGUUGCUCUGCCAUCUCCCCCAUCCCUUCCUGCUCCCUCACUCCCCCCGGCCAGCAGGAGGGAGUUUGAGGCAGAGAGACGAGCGCAGAGGAGGCGAGGAGGAAGGGAGAGGCAGCACAGGGGAGGGAAGGAGCGACAGCAGAGGGGAGGGGAAGAGAAGCUGCUCAAACUACAGGAAGAGCAGCGGAACGAGGGACCGCCGGGAGGAAGGGAGGAUGAUGAAGCAAAGGAGAGCAAGCACGGGGAUGAGCAGCCUGCAGGGUCUGGGGAAGCAAUGGCUCAGCUGAUGCCGCAUGCAGUUCACCCCUUGCCAUCACAGCCCUCUCAGAGGCAUGAUGUGCCUUCACUGCCUGUUGCUUCACCUGUUGCUGCACCAAGGGAGGUAGUCCUAGUGGGCUCUUUCAAUGCAGCUUCUGGCGUGCAAGCUUUUGAGCUGAGGCCGUAUGUUCCAAAGCGCCUCAAACGAUGA